AUGAGUACAGCAUAUCACUUCGAAAAUCCAUUGAAAAGAUUUGUCAAUUGUGUAGGAUUUGAUCGAUUUAUUAUUGUCGAACACCUUUUUUGUUUGAUUACAUGUGCGUCAUUGUGUACUACUUUCUUCACAAAAAGAAGUUUAUGUGUUGAAAUGGAUUAUCUUCCCUAUUUUUUAAAACAUUUUGAUCUUAAUCUUCAACCCAGUAAUUCUGAAUAUAUCGAUACUGACUUGGCUCGCUCGUAUCUUUAUCCUGGCGCACAUAUAGCUACGUCAAACCCAUACGAACAUUUUCAUCAUGGUAUCGUCGUCGAUGUUGAUACUCCUGAAAUAUCGAUUAUUCACUUAUGGGGUUCUACAAAGGAGACUGGGCGAAUUCAGACAACGACAUUACCUAUUUUUCUUGCCGGCGAUAAAAGUCUUCUUGGAACAAAAACGCGUCGUUUGUAUUUAGUCAAUUAUGAAGGCGACACAUUAGAAAAACAACAAGCAACAGUCGAUGUAGCGAAGGAGAUGUUGGGAAAAGCGGAUGAGAUAAAAUACGAUCUUGCCAAAUUAAAUUGUGAAAGUUUUGCUUACUUUUGUCGAAACGGUCAAUGGAAAAGUGGACAAAUUGAUAUGCUAAAAAAGAUACUAUUGGACAAUGCAUCAGAAAUCUACGACAAAAUCAAAGAUGCUGACGAAAGUAACAAACGACAUAUAGCUUCACUUUUACGAACUAUUCCAAUCGAUGGUUUGAACUCAAAAGACAAAGAAUUUUACGAUGAACUUUGCCGAUCUUUCAUGUAA